AUGUCAAAGGCACAGUUCCUGCGCGAGUACAAGCUCGUCGUCGUCGGCGGUGGUGGUGUGGGCAAAUCGGCGUUGACCAUCCAAUUCAUCCAGAGCCACUUCGUAGACGAGUACGACCCAACAAUCGAGGAUUCAUACCGCAAGCAAUGCGUCAUUGACGAGGAGGUGGCGUUGCUCGACGUGUUGGAUACGGCCGGUCAGGAGGAGUACAGCGCGAUGAGGGAACAAUACAUGCGAACAGGCGAAGGCUUCUUGCUAGUAUACAGCAUCACAUCGCGCAAUUCGUUUGACGAGAUCUCGACGUUCCACCAGCAGAUCCUGCGGGUCAAGGACAAGGAUUCGUUCCCCGUCAUUGUGGUGGCCAACAAGUGCGAUCUCGAGUACGAGCGUCAGGUGGGCAGCAACGAAGGGCGCGAGCUGGCAAAACACUUUGGGUGCCGUUUCAUCGAGACAUCAGCCAAGCAACGCAUCAAUGUCGACGAGGCAUUCAGCAACCUGGUGCGCGAGAUUAGGAGAUACAACAAGGAGCAGACGGCAGGCCGACCGGGCGCAACUGGCGCCCCAAGUGGCGCAGGCGGCAUGGAACGCUUCCAGACAGAGGAGGACUCGCAUUCGGGCGGAUGCUGCAAGGGUUGCGUCGUGCUCUAG